AUGUCGCAGUCAGAUUGUCAACCAAUUAAUGUGGAGGACGGCAUUCCGACGGAAAUGGCCAUUGACCAUGUUGUUUUAUCGGAACUUGCAUUGUUCCGUGGACCGUUGAAAGUCGUUAGCCUUGGUUCUUCGGCCUGGGCUCAAAGAUAUCGGAUUGAUGUCGAGGCCCAGGAACAGGCAGAGAGCUAUUUCAUGAAGAUAUCAUUUGGGGAUCAUGGCAGGGAAGCCCUCAAGGGAGAAUUCGAGGCUACUUUGGCAAUUCACAGCAUCGUCGGAAGCUUCACACCCAAGCCAAUCGAAUGGGGAUCCUUCAAAGCUCUUUCAGGUACACAUUAUUAUCUCUGUCGUUUCUACGACUUUGCGGAACAUGCUCCUAAACCAGCAGAGUUUUGCCAGAAGGUCGCCUUUCUCCAUUCGAGGAGCAAUUCGCCAACCAGCAAAUUCGGGUUUCACCUUGUGACAUACAACGGCGACCUGCCUCAGGAGAAUGGCUACACUGACACGUGGGAGGAAUUCUUCACGAUCGGAUUUAGGCACAUGGUAAAUAUGAACAUAGAACGUGGUGGGCCGUGGCCUGAGCUGGAAGACCUAGACACUGCUAUGAUUGACAAAGUGAUCCCCCGCUUGUUAAGGCCAAUGGAAACAGGAGGACGGUCCAUCAAGCCAUCCCUUGUCCAUGGAGACCUGUGGUGCGGAAAUGUCGCAGUCGAUUCAGCCACAGGGCGGCCGCUGAUAUAUGAUCCUGCGAGCUUUUAUGCGCACAAUGAGUACGAACUGGGCAAUUGGCGUCCUGAGCGAAAUGGAUUUGACAGAAGCUUCUUUGAUGCCUAUCAUUCAAUUAUUCCAAAGACUGCCCCAGCAGAAGACUACGAUGACCGGAUUGCACUGUAUUCAAUGCGCUUUAAUCUACAAGCCGCGGCCCUCUUCCCCGAGGAUACUAGCUUUCGAAACUCGGUAAUUGAAGAAAUGAGACAAAUGGUUGCGAAGUACCCGGGAGGCUACGAGGAGUAUGCCAGGAUGCUCUCUGUCGGCUUCGGCACCUUCAAGAGUGAUGAUGGCAACGGAAACGUCAAGGGGGCUGUUCUACAAGCCCUAGCCCUCGACCUCAGCUUAGAGAGGCUGAAAUUGGACUAUGUCGAUUCUUACCUGAUGCAUUAUACGCCAGAGUUCUUGACUGGAUACAACAUAAUCCGUCAUCCUCCUGGAAAGCCCAUCAUUGACUAUGAAAUGUCGAGAGACUAUCCAUCGACCUGGACAGCCAUGGAGAUACUGGUCGAUAAGGGGAAAGCAAGAAUAAUUGGGGUCUCCAACAUCAAUAUCCUAAAGCUGAAGAGACUUGUCGAAUCAUCUAGAAUUCCUCCUGCAGUCAACCAGAUCGAACUUCACCCGUAUUUACCCCAAGUUGAGCUUGUGGACUUCUGCAAAACUAAAGGCAUUCACGUAGUGGCUCACCAGCCACUCGGCGGCAAGCCAGUAGCCGCAGUCAAUCCGAACGCAGACCGACCAGCCGACAUAGCGGAAAAGCAAAACCGUUCGCCAGCCCAAACCAUAUUAUCCUGGAUUGUCCAACAAAACAUUUCAGCACUACACAAGACCGUCCAGGAGAGCAGAAUGGUAGAGAACCUUGACCUGAAACAGCGAACAAAAGAAGACAUGACAGCAAUAUCCCAGAUAUCAUAA